AUGUCGUCAGACCUUACCCCUGUCUCGACAUCACAAGGAUGUCCGGCUGUAGUCGCCGGCCCCUAUGUCUUCCUCUCAGGUCAAAUUCCAAUUGACUCAACCGGCAAGCCUCUCGAAGGAAGUAUCGCAGAUAAAACGCAUGCAUGCUGCAAGAGCGUCCAGGCAGUCCUUUUGGCGGCCGGAAGUGAUAUCAGUCGUGUGGCAAAGGUCACGGUCUUCUUGGAUGAUAUGAAGAACUUUGCUGAGUUCAACGCGGUUUAUGAGACGUACUUCACGCAUAAGCCGGCUAGAAGCUGUGUGGCAGUCAAGACGUUGCCAAAGAAUCUUGAAGUGGAGAUCGAAUGCGUGGCUUUGGUCAACACUCACGGGUCUCGACUCUGA